CCACCUAACGGCGUGAAUUGCGAAUUCUUCAUCAAUAUCGUGCCUUCUCGACCUGGCAACACUGACUGUAGAACCCACUAAAAUGGCUGCCUCAACGAAAUUCGGAGUGCUCGCUCGCAACUUCAGCACCAGUUCAUCAUCUCAGCAGUUGGUGAAGGCUCCAGUCCAAGUUUUUGGGUUAUAUGGUCGCUAUGCCUCAGCCCUUUACUCUGCUGCCUCCAAACAGAAAUCUUUGGAUAAAGUAGAGAAGGAGUUGAAAGACUUCCAAGCUACCAUUGCAAAAGAUUCCCGUCUUGGGGAAUUCAUUUCUAAUCCUACCUUGAAGCGAUCAUUGAAGAAAGAUGCUCUUGGUUCAGUUGCCAAGAAAUUGAACAUGAGUUCAAUCACUGGAAACUUUCUCCAACUUCUUGCCGAAAAUGGAAGGCUUUCCAAGCUGGAUGUUGUGACUAAUCAUUUUCUUACUAUGAUGGCUGCUUUCAGAGGUGAAGUUACAUGUGAGAUCACCUCAGCCAAGGCUUUGGAUGCUGCCACGUUGAAGGAAGUCACUGCCGCGCUUUCUGGAUUCCUUCAAAAAGGACAGAGUCUUAACGUUACAACCAAGGUAGAUCCUUCCAUCGUCGGCGGACUUGUAGUUUCUAUUGGAGAUCGUUACAUCGACAUGAGUUUGUCCUCCAAAAUCGAUCGUUAUACCACUCUUCUUAAGCAACCCGUCUAAACGUUUCUAAUUGGUUGUGAGAUAGUGGGAGAAA